UAACCAGUUCCCCCGAUGUCCAACAGUCUUGAAUUCCUCAUCACUUCACACCAAAUCACUUUCUUCCUCAUUCGGUUCUAAUAGACCUUGAAAGCUGUAUUCAUCCACUUGAGGCUUAACUCGAUCAAUACACUUCUAUUACACCUACACAUCUCACACACAGACAUCUAUCUACACAUCCCCAUCAUCAUGUCGACACAACAUCAGAACAAGAAGGCCGUCCACUUCGGAGCCGGUAACAUCGGCCGUGGCUUCGUCGCCUGCUUCCUCCACAACUCUGGCUACGAGGUUGUCUUCGCCGAUGUUGCCGAUGCUCUCAUUGACAAGCUCAACGAGACCCCCUCAUACCGUGUCAUUGAGGUCGGCGCUGAGGGCACCAACGAGAACACUAUCACAAACUACCGCGCCAUCAACUCAAGAACUCACGAGGCCGACUUGGUCGAGGAGAUUGCCACCGCCGACGUUGUCACGUGUUCCGUCGGCCCGAACAUCCUGAAGUUCAUCGCCCCGGUCAUUGCCAAGGGUAUUGACAAGCGACCCAGCAACCUGGCUCCUAUCGCUGUCAUUGCCUGCGAAAACGCCAUUGGCGCCACCGACACCCUUGCUGAGCACAUCAAGGACCCUCGCAACACUCCCGCCCACCGCUUGGAGGACCACCACGAGCGCGCUCGCUACGCCAACUCUGCCAUCGACCGCAUCGUCCCUGCUCAGGACCCCAACGCUGGCCUGGACGUCACCCUCGAGAAGUUUUACGAGUGGGUUGUCGAGCGCACUCCCUUCGAGGAGAUCCCCAGCAUCGAGGGCAUCAACUGGGUUGAUGAGCUUGCUCCCUUUAUUGAGCGUAAGCUCUACACUGUCAACACUGGCCACGCUACUGCCGCCUACCACGGAUACAACCGCAGCAAGCGCACUGUCUACGACGCUCUCCAGGACAAGGCCAUCAUGGCCGAGGUUCGCAAGGCGCUCGAGGAGACGAGCAACCUGAUCAUCAGCAAGCACGGCAUUGACGAGAAGGCCCAGCGCGAAUACGCUGCCAAGAUCAUUCGCCGCAUUGGCAACCCCCAUUUGGAGGAUGCUGUCGAGCGCGUUGGCCGCGCUCCUCUCCGCAAACUCAGCCGCAAGGAGCGUUUUGUCGGCCCUGCGGCUGAGCUCGCCGAGAAGGGUCAGGACUGCUCCGCCCUGCUCCGCGCCGCCGAGAUGGCUUUCCGCUUCCAGGAUGUUGAGGGCGAUGAUGAGAGCAAGGAGCUAUCCAAGCUCAUGUCCGAGAACGGUCCCGAGGAUGCUGUUACUAAGAUCUGCGGUGUCCAGCCCUCGGAGAAGAUCCACCCCAUGCUUGUCGAGGUGGUUCGCAGAGUCCAGGCCGACAGCGAGGAAUGACUAGCUGCAAAACUGUGACGAGUGUAACGAUUUAACGGCAUUGGGAUUCUUCGGAGUUUAGCAUAUAUCCUGGGAUACAGGCGAGGCGUUUUGGAACUCAUCUCAUGGUAGCGCAGGUUUUUGCGUAACCACUUUUCAACAAAUUACUCCAGCUUGACAGUUGGAAGUAGAUAUGUAGACAUUGGACAGAAUUUGAAUUUCAAAAUUCACAUACAUUAAACCAAGAAACUU